AUGCCUCCUCGACCUACAAUACGCCUUAUAACCCCUCCGUCCCAGCUUAUUCCUCCUGUCGACGAAGAGAGAAGCGAUUUCCUAGUCCCCCACAGACCUGCCCCCCAUCCUCCUAUACCCCUUAGACCUCCGCCUCCUAUACCUCUCAGACCCCCUCCUCCACCCCCAGAGCUCAUCGGUCUCGCGGCAAUGGGAAUCGAGACGCCCCGAGGCAGUUCAUCAGAAUCCGACAAGCAAUCUGGCGACGGUUCCGACUCCUCUCACCAAGAAGAGAAAAAGCGCGGAUUUCGCGCAACCCUAAAGCGCAUGCUCAGUCGCGAGAAGUUAUCAUCAACCAAAGAAGGCGCAUCAGCAUCUAGUACCGAUCCCGAUGCUGAACCUCGUCCCCCUCCUUCCUUCGCCGGCUGGGUGAACCCACAUCCAACCGUCCCGCUUAGCUCCGGCAUGGGAGGUAUCACGGUAACCAGCGAGUACAGCGUCACGUUCGAGCAAACACUAACUCGAACGCCCACCUCCGCCUCUCUUAGCACUAUAAAUAUUGAAGGCCCUAUGACCGCGGCCCGACGAGCUGCAGCUGCAGUUAAAGAGGCUAAAGAGGCUAAAAAGGCAGCUAAACAGAAAGCCAAAGAGAAAGAUUCGAGCAAAGACGCUGAUGCAAGCACUUCGACUGCUACGACUGGCAACAAAGCCAUCGACCCCAACUUCCCCUUCCCAGAUCCCACCGAAGCCGACCUCGAGCGCAUGGAGCGAGCGGAAACCGGGGAAGAAGAGAAGGAUAAGGGCAAGGGAAUCGCGCGAUCGGCUACAAUGGCCGUGAGCCGGGCUUGGAACAAGGUGUUCGAGUAA